CUCAGCCUCUUGCAUACCCCUGAACCUGCGACAUUAUCGUUAAUUGAAAGAUGCAACUGAAGCAGUGCACUUCGCGGACAUGUGCCCCGUCGCGGCCCCUGUCUGCCCGUCCCCUGCACGGUGCUAAACUCCACCAACCCAAACUUCUUGUGGCUCGUUACAGUCAAGGCAUCCCUAUCGAUCUGGACGCACCUUCUGUGCGCCUUCCGCUUGAGGGGCCAGAGUUACUUGGCUUGAGGAAGAACGAGGUACCCAAAGACAGCGACCUCAAUUCCGUCUACGAGCAGCUGGUAGACGCCCCUGUGGAGGCCGGGUACAGCGAAACCGCUGUCAGCGGCAGGUUGGAAGUCCUGGACUAUGUGCGUCGCGACCUGAUAAGCAGCAAGGGCCGCGCCAAGGAGAGCCGCGAGCUGAACCUCCCCACGGACCUACUGCCAGGAGCCGUGGCGCUCAUGACGGAGGUCGGGCAAUCCCAGCUGGCGCUGGAGGUCGGGUCGCAGAUGCUGCGGGCGGCGGAGGAGGUGCCUGCUGCGGUGCGGCGCGACGUGCUGCUCAGCAUGGCCCUGGCCAACUGCAGCCUGGCGAGUGAGAGCCUGCAGGGCGGCAAGAUGCAGGCCCAGCAGCUGGAGCGGGGGUGCGGGUACCUGGAGGCGGCGCUGCAGCUGCUGGAGGGGGCGGGGGAGCCGCCGCUGGCUCCCGGGCUGGCGGCGGAGAUCAGGCAGGGCCUCGCCUCGCUGCGGCUGCAGGGGGCCCUGGAGCAGCUGAGCGGACCUAUCAGCCAAAACAAGGUCGAGUACCGUAAACGGGCGUUGCGCAUCGUGCGUGAGGCGCUACGCGGCAACACAGGAGCUGCCAGCUCCCAGCAGCCACAGCAGUCCCAGCAUGACUCUCAAUUCGGACCCAUGGGUUUCGGUUUGGCUGCUGGCGGCAGCGCGGUGAUGAGCGCCGAGACGUUGGAGUCCCUGCUUGGGUCACUGACGAGCGAGGAGGUGGUGCACCUGCUCGAGUGGGAGCAGGUCGUGCGCAACCAGGCGACGUACGUUUGGGUGUACCCGGGGCUGCUGGAGGCGGUGGGUGUGGCGCAUGUGGUGCACGGCUUCGUGUGCCGCCAGCCAGCCUACGUCAAGAUGGCACUGGGGCUGGUGCAGCAACUGCCGAGCACCCCGGACCUGUCGGUGGUGGAGGCGGUGUGCCAGGUGCUGCUGGGGGCGGUCAACCAGGCGGCUGCGGCACUCAAGCAGGCGGAGCGACCCGGCAAGGCAUCCGCAAGCGACAGGCUCGCCAGCAGCCGCGCUGAAGCCGCCCCGGACGCUGCCGGCUCGCCGCUGCUGCUGCCCGCCAGCCGCGACGCCUAUCAGUUUGUGGUGGCGCACUCCCGGGGGUCGGACGACGGCCUCCUGCCGGGGCUGUGCAUGCUGACGGAGCGGUGGCUGACGCAGGCCGCCUACCCCUUCUUCCGCGACACGGCCUCCCCAGACACCCCUCCGGCCUCCCUGGUCAAGUACUUUGACGACACGCGGGUGGAGACGCUGCUGACGGUGUACGACGCCAAGAGCGGCGGCCAGCUGGCUGAGACCCUCAGUGAGGCCCUCGCCUCCAUCAAGCGAGGGCUGCACAAGGCUGCCUCGGAGGGGCUGCUCGCGACCAGCUCCACGACGCAAGGUGGGGUGGGCGUUGCCACAGCAAACCCGGCCCUGGCAGGGCGGCAUCGCCUUAUCCAGACCCUGGCGGGUGGAUUCAUGCUCGCGGCCGCCGUGGCGGCGGGUCUCAUGACUCCUCCGGGGCAGCGGUUGCUCGGUCGCAGCGAGGGUGCGGCACUUGUUCGCGCCCCGGUGGAGCCGCUGAUGGUGGCGCCGGAGCAGUUUGACACCGCGGUGGCCCGACAGCUGCUGGAGCGCUGGCAGGGUGUGAAGGCCGCCGCACUGGGCGCCGCCCACUCCACUGCGCAGCUGGAGGUGUUGCUCGCGGAGCCGCUGCUGGGGGAGACGCUGGACAAGGUGGCCACGCUGCGCAGCCACGGGGCGCACAUGCGCUUCAAGCUGCUGCGACUGGAGGUGCGCAACGUGCGGCGUGUCAGCCACAAAGCAGGGCCGGCGGUGCGCAUUAGUGCGCUUCUGGAGGACUCGGCCGACCUGCACAACGACGCGGAUGGCAAGCCAGUCAACGCUUGCCACCGCACGUACGACGCCGAUUAUACUGUGGUGCAGGGCAAGGAUAGCGUCUGGCGCAUGACCAACACCAAUGUGGUUGAGCGGGAGGGCCGCAAGUGAAAGAGGCAGCCGCUGCGUGUAUAUUUGGCAGGUGCUUGUGAGAGUCGCAGCAGAGGUGGUCGACGUCUGCUUGUACUGCUUGAGCUUGUAUGUAGUGGCGCAGGUGUCUUGGAAACACUUCCAGAGAGGCUUUAUGAGGAUUUCGGAGGCAGCCUUCCAUGCUAUGGCGUAAAGGGAUGUGUAAACUACAUGCUGGUUCCCCUCGUGCAAUCGCCGUGUCUUAGUGCCGGAUGGUUAACACUUCUUGCAAGAUGAGGGAGCCAAGGACCGGCCAUCUAUGCACACUGACUACAUCCACACAUCUUUGCACAAACUUCGAUGAUAAUUGCUGCUGUAAGAGCCACCUG